AUGCAGUCCGAACACUACCGCAAAAUCGAACUGCAAUCGCCCGCCGACCUGACAUACCUGUACACCAACGCAGUCGCCGAAUCGCGCCAAAAGCUCGAUCUACACUUUCCGCCGUCCGCGUACUCGAAUGGCGACCAGCCGGAUCCCAUGAAGGAGCGCGUCAAGGAACUUGUCGACGACUUCAUCAGACAAACAUAUACCUACGCAUCCGACUCGCUGACCAUCAACGGCCUCGAAUUCGAUUCCGCCUCUAUAUCCGCUUCUACCUCCAAGAACAAUGGUAAUAAUAAUAGUACAGGCGACGCGCCAUUCCCCUUCCCAUCCGCAUUCUCAGCACCCAACGAAACAAUCGAAUACGAGCCGUACGACGGUAACCUCGCGUCGCGCGUAAGCUCGUUGUACGCGCAACUCGAGUCGUUGACUACGACGGUCGCGCAGUUGAGACGCGAUGCGCCGGGAAAAGCAGCGAAGAUGUAUGCGGCGAAUUUGAGGGGGGUGUUGGAGAGGGAGGACGAGGAGUUUGAUGAGCAGCAGCAGCAGCAAAAAAGGAAGAGGAGACGGGUAGAAGGGGGGAAGGAUGUGGAUGUAGAUAUGGAGGGUCAUGAUGAUGGGGAAGUGCAAGAGAAUAUUGAUGCAGAGUUCAGAUUGGAUAUACCCUUUGGUACGCAGGCGGAGCGCGAGAGAUGGCAGAGCGGGGAGAUGGCGGAGGUUUAUACGGAUACGUUGCGGACGUUGCUUCGAUUACAAGGGGAGGAAUCGAGUACAGAGGCAGCGUCUCAUAAUGACAGUGAUAAAAAGGCUAUAUCGACGACUGUGGCGACGGCGGAGAGGGCUGAGAAGGCUGUUGAUGUUGUGGAGAGGAUGGUUUAG